CGGAGCGCGCUCGCCGCCGCCAUCUUGGAGCGACCGCAGCGGCGCCCGCGGCCCGGAGGCGGUCCUGAGCCGCGGCGGCCGCGCCCGUGUCCGAAGGCGCCGCGCUCCGGGCCGGGCUCAUGUGCGUGCGGCCCGCCCCAGGCCGCCCGGGCUUCGCCUCCGCCCGCGCCCCGCCCGGGCCUCCGAGGAGCCGCCGCCACCCCGGGCCCGCGGGGCAGGACCAAUGCCCAGGGCCAAGGCAGCUCUUCUUUAUGGACUUCUGUCAGUCGCUGCUUCAUAGAGGUUGAAGAGUACUGCAAGCUCUGUGGCCAUCACAAUGUUCUGGAAAUUUGACUUGAAUACUACGUCCCAUGUUGACAAGCUGCUGGACAAGGAGCAGGUGACACUGCAGGAACUAAUGGAUGAAGACGACAUCCUGCAGGAGUGUAAGGCUCAGAACAGGAAGCUGCUGGACUUCCUGUGCAGGCAGCAGUGUAUGGAAGAGCUGGUGAGCCUCAUCACGCAGGACCCACCUCUGGACAUGGAAGAGAAGGUCCGCUUCAAAUACCCAAACACAGCCUGUGAGCUUCUGACUUGUGAUGUGCCACAGAUCAGCGACAGGCUAGGCGAGGAUGAGAGUCUGCUGAGCCUUCUGUACGACUUCCUGGACCGGGAGCCGCCACUCAAUCCUCUGCUGGCCAGUUUUUUCAGCAAGACCAUUGGCAACCUCAUUGCAAGGAAAACUGAACAGGUGAUUACAUUCUUGAAGAAGAAGGACAAGUUCAUAAGCCUGGUGCUGAAGCACAUGGGCACCUCAGCCCUCAUGGACCUGCUGCUGCGCCUGGUCAGCUGUGUGGAGCCAGCGGGGCUCCGCCAGGAGGUCCUACAUUGGCUUAACGAAGAGAAAAUCAUCCAGAGACUUGUAGAAUUGAUCCAUCCGAAUCAGGAUGAAGACAGGCAGUCGAAUGCUUCCCAGGCACUCUGUGACAUUGUCAGGCUGGGCAGAGACCAGGGCAGUCAGCUACCAGAGGCUCUGGAGCCAGACCCCCUCCUCACAACACUGGAAUCGCAGGACUGUGUGGAGCAGCUUCUGAAGAACAUGUUUGAUGGAGAUCAGACUGAGAGCUGCCUGGUCAGCGGGACGCAGGUGCUGCUGGCCCUGCUAGAGCCCCGGCGGGCAGGGACAGAGGGCUUGGUGGACUCCUUUUCUCAGGGACUGGAAAGGCCGCACGCCGUCAGCAGUGGAGUCCUGCAUGGCAUCCAGCCCCGGCUGAAGGACUUUCACCAGCUCCUGCUCAACCCGCCAAAGAAGAAAGCAAUCCUGACCACCAUUGGCAUCCUGGAGGAGCCCCUGGGCAGUGCCCGUCUGCAUGGUGCGCGCCUCGUGGCUGCUCUGCUGCACACAAACACACCCAGCAUCAACCAGGAGCUCUGCCGGCUCAGCACCAUGGACCUGCUGCUGGACUUGUUUUUUAAGUACACCUGGAAUAACUUUUUGCACUUCCAAGUGGAGCUAUGCAUAGCCGCUAUUCUCUCCCAUGCUGCCCGGGAGGAGAGGGCAGAAGCCAAUGGAUCCGAGAGCAGGGUGGAACCUCCACAGGGGAGCGGCAACAGGGUCAGGAGCCCGGACACACCCCAGCCCGUUGCCAAGCUCCCUGAGAACAUGAUGGUGACACACCUGUUCCAGAAGUGCUGCCUGGUGCAGAGGAUCCUGGAGGCCUGGGAGGCCAACGAGCACACACAGGCAGCGGGUGGCAUGAGGCGUGGGAACAUGGGCCACCUCACGCGCAUUGCCAAUGCAGUGGUGCAGAACCUGGAGCGGGGACCCGUGCAGACCCACAUUGGCGAGGUCAUCCGAGGACUCCCUGCAGAUUGCCGUGGACGCUGGGAAAGCUUUGUGGAGGAGACGCUGACAGAGACAAACCGCAGGAACACCGUGGACCUGGUGAGCGCUCACCACCUUCACUCCUCAAGUGAGGACGAGGACAUUGAGGGGGCUUUCCCUAACGAGCUGUCCCUUCAGCAGAGGCUCUUGUUCCCAAGGAGCAGCCUCCCAGGCCAGGCCCGCUGCUCAGGGCCGCUGUCCUCCCAGGCGUUCUCCGAGUACCAGAUCCAGCAGAUGACCGCCAGCUUCGUGGAUCAGUUUGGCUUCAAUGACGAGGAGUUUGCAGACCAGGACGACAACAUCAAUGCCCCGUUCGACAGGAUCGCAGAGAUCAACUUCCACAUCGAUGCCGAGGAGGACAGUCCCAGUGCGGCUCUGUUUGAAGCCUGCUGCGGUGACCGCAUCCAGCCCUUCGACGACGAUGAGGAGGAGGACAUCUGGGAGGACGAGGAGACACGCUGCACUGCCCGGGGGGUGGCCAGAGCCAGGUUUGGUGCCCCCCACACCUCCGAACACUGCUCAGACGGUGACCUGGAGCGUGGAGGCCAGGACAGAAAGGCGGGUUCCGAGGCCGGCAGGAACGCACCUCGGGCAGGCACCCUCCUGGCCGCUGCACAGAACGGAGGUCCCCCCUCGGAGGGUGUCUCAGAAGCAGGCCCUGCAUGGACAGCCGUGUUUGAUGAGCCAGGGAACCUGGCAAACCCUGCCCCCGGAGCUGUGAAGGACGUGGGUUCCAGUGUGUGGGCAGCCAGCGCCUCUGCUCCAGAGGAGAAGGGCUGGGCCAAGUUCACGGACUUCCAGCCUUUCUGCUGCUCGGAGUCAGGGCCCAGGUGCAGCAGUCCUGUGGACGUGGAGCACAGCCGUGCAGAGGGCAGCCAGAGCCCAGGCCCAGGGACAGCCUCUGGUCCCACCUCCCCUUGUGCCUGGAACGUGUGUGUCACCAGGAAGGCCCCCCUGGUGACCUCUGAUGGUGAGGACGACAAGCAGAAGGCGGCUGGUACCACAGGAGCUGCGAGCACAGGCCCGGGCCGGCAGGGACCCCUGCCACCCAGAGCAGAGGAGACUGCUGUUGGCAGAGCCAAGUGUGCCGACAGCAAGCCGCCGGGGUCUGCCUGCCUCUCACCCUCAGAAGUGACCACCCCAGCUGUGGCUACGCCUCCCAAGGCCACUGUGGCUGCCACAGUACUGGACCAGGCAAGUCCUCCCACGGCUGCCCUAGCAGUCUCUCCCACAGCGGCUAUGGCAGUCCCCACAGCAGCCCCAGCCACAGUGGCCACCCUGGGGACAGCAACAAAAGACAGGAAGACUGACGCCCCACCAGAAGGAGCUGCCUUAAAUGGUCCUGUGUAACGCUGCUGCCGCUGGCCGUGGCUUGCCCUGGUCAGGCUGCAUCCUUAAUCAAGAAAACUACCUGGUGAUGCAAUUUGUUUUCCUUUUUUUAAUUUAAUUUAAUUUAAUUUUAAAAUAAAUGCUGCACUGGUAAAGCUGGCAGUUGGAACCAGUCGGAUGACCCAGAGUCUCCCGGGCCCCGCUGGAGGGGAGGACGCGCUGGCUGCCCCCCAGGUCCUGGCCCUAGCACAGCAAUAAGGUCUCAGACAUGAUCACUGCCUGCAGGAGCUGGGGUUGGGGGCAAGACCCUGAGGUGCCACAAGGACCUGAUGGGCAGGAGGGUGUGGAUGCCAAGGCUCUUUGCGAUACUUUUUAACGCAUGCAGAAAGAGUGGGUUUUUGUGUUUUUGUGUUUUUUUGUUUUUUUUUGUUUUUUUUUUUUUUUUUUGCACUUUGUAUCCAGCUCCAAUUCAGGGUCUCCCCUGGCUCUGGGCAGAGAGGGCCUGAGCUGGGGAGACCCGACCUCCACAAAUGUGGGCCAGGCUCCAGGACUGCUGUUGCCUGCUGACCCUGGGAGCUGGAAUCAGGCAUUGAACCAGGCUGCAACUUUUGACUGCCUUAAAAAAAAAAAAAAAAAAAAAGACCCUCUGGGCCUGGUGGGUGUCCCCUGGGGCCAGGAGGGCAGGCCAGCAUCCUGGGGUGGGUGGGCAGGAUCCUGGCAAGAGCCGACCUCAGGCCUGUAGAGCAGGCACAGCAGGGUGCUGAGGGCUUGGAGACUGGGCUGCACUGUCCUGGAAGGGUCUGCAGGGCGAUUCUACAUUGAAUUCUUUUUUAAUGUUCUGAUCAUCUGACAGGGCACGCCAAGCCCCUGACCCCAAUAAAAGUCACAGCAUUCUUACUGA